CAGCAGAUUGAAUUUGUUUUGGAGGUGAGAUGUCGACCAGCGGGACCCCCCCUGACCGGAUGUACUCCAAACUGAUAGAUGAUGGAUGCCAGGACGACUUCAGGACAGAUGUGCAGCCCAGCGAUUAUCCAGUAUUCCCAGUCAGAGUCCCUCCCAGAAUGAGUGGCCCGGGUCCGUACCGCUUCGCCACCAUCUGCCUGGCUGCGCUCUGUGCUGUCCUCCUCAUCUCCAUCAUAGCUGUCACCGUACACUAUAAGAGCAAAGCUCAGGCUGGUGUGGAGGCGACCUCGGACAUGCAGAAGGGGAAUGCAAACAUCUCAGAGAUCAACACAAAGCUGCGGGAGGAGAACACAAGACUGCGCAAAAAGGUGGAUGAGCUGAUGGCCAACGUGACCGCCCUGAUGACCAACAAAGUGAUCAAACCCACAGCCGUCGAGUGCCCCAAGGACUGGCACCUCUUCAGCAACAGCUGUUACCUCAUCCCCAAACUUACAAGAAACUGGCAUGGCAGCCAGGACUACUGUCAGACCCAAGGAGCUCACCUGGCCAUCAUCCUAACAGCUGAGGAGCAGACCUUUUUGUGGAAUCUUCUCCCCAGAGGACACUGGAACUCAUACUGGUUUGGCAUCACAGACGGCGAGACUGAGGAUGUCUGGAAAUGGAUCGAUGGCAGUCCGCUGGUUGGAGGUUUCUGGGAGCCGAACGAGCCGAACAACCACAUCAACGAGGACUGUGGCUACAUCGUAAAAACAGAGGUGUUGGAGCGCGUGGCCACGAAGAGCUGGUACGAUGCCCCCUGCAGCAUGUACUUACCUUUCAUCUGUGAGAAGGAGAUGGGCGCCAACGCAGCGUCGCACUGAGACGUCAUCAACAACAACAACAACAACAAACAAACAGGAAG